AUGGUGGAGGCCAUGCGACGCGCAUGCGACCAACUGUAUGCACGAACCCGCAUUAUCGGCGGUGUUGUGGAAGCCACUGCCGUGCGGCUGGAGGCAGAGAGCGGGCUCGGCUACAUGAAGCAGCUGCGCAGGCUCAACCGCCUUCUCCUCGAGCGGUCCGCUAAGAUGCUGGGUGUGCGGCAGGAAGCCGAUGUAGAUGCAGUCAGUCAUGGGAGUGAGAGCGGGCGCAUGCAGCUCGCCAACUACGCAGAGCUAGCGUCCCUGGCGGCGGAGGAGGAAGCUGCUAGCUCCAUGAGCACACCUCCGGGGCGCCACCCCUCUCUAUCAUCCACGGCCACAACGACGAUGGCAUCGUCCACCCUCGAUUCCCCCCGCGGCGCCGGUGGUAGUAGCGGCAGCGGCAGCCAAAACCCCCAACAGCGAACGACCGGCGUGCACCGGCGAAAGCGGCGGUGCCAAGCAUACAGUCUAUUGACGCACCUGCGGCGAUGGGAAUCCGCACUGGCUGGCGAGACCACGGCCAUUCUUACUGCCUGUGCGAAGGGAAUCGGGUCUGCCGAUGUAACGCCCUCACUGUCUCCGGUUAGAUGUAUUCAAGAUAUUCGAGAUUUGCUGUUGGUAGCAUAA